AUGGGUCGAGUUAAACUCCCAAUAAAAAGAAUAGAGAACAACACAAAUAGACAAGUCACAUUCUCUAAACGAAGAAAUGGACUUAUUAAAAAAGCUUAUGAGCUUGCUAUUCUCUGUGAUAUUGAUAUUGCUCUUAUUAUGUUCUCUCCUUCCGGCCGCCUCAGUCACUUUUCUGGCAAACAAAGGAUUGAAGAUGUGAUUGCACGAUACAUAAAUUUUCCCGAAAAUGAUGGAGGAUGUGAUGUUCAAAACCGAGAGUAUUUGCUCAGCACUCUUAAAAAACUCAAGACAGAAAAUGACAUGGCUCUUCAAGCUGCCAAUCCAGAAGUUACCAGAUCAAAUAUAGAGGAGCUCCAGCAAGAGGUUUGCAACUUGCAGCAUCAGGUUCAGAUAGCCGAGGAUCAAUUAAGGAUAUAUGAGCCUGAUCCUCUAAAGUUCACAUCCAUGGGAGAACUUGAAUCUUGUGAGAAGAAUCUUUUGGAUGUCAUGACACUUCUCCAGGACAGAAAGAAAUAUCUGUUGAGCAACCAUGCAUCUGCAUAUGAUCCAUCAACUUUACAGAUAUACUUAGAUUCAGAGGAAGGGCUGCAAAAUUUCCAAAAUGAAAUAGCUAACUGGUUGCCUCCAGAGAAUGGACAAAACCCAAAUGCUGUAGCCUUAAAAUCUGAUCAAUCUUCUUGUAUUCCUGUAAGCAAUAACCAAUCAUCGACGACUAUGUUUGAUGGGUUGUCGCCACGUGGAACAAAUGUAAAUGUGGAUCCAUGCAACAUGGGAGUAGGAGGAACAGCACAAAUCAACAACUCAGACAGCGAAACGAUAACUUCAUGGCAACAAGCUUUCUCUUCAUUGUCGUCCACUGAACUCCUUGCUGCCUUCAUGCCUCCCAGCUCAUUCCCUCUAAUGAAGCAGCAUGAGAUUGAAGGUCCAAGCUUUAGUACAAUGUUGGAACAGCAGCAGGCAGACACCACUCCAAAUUGCCCACAAAUGCCAUCCAGUGGUGAAGGUUCAAACUAUGACAGUUAUGAUUUGUGA